GACUAUUUAUUAUUAUUAUUAUUAUUGCAUAACACUAUAAUAUUCAUUAUUAAUUAUUAUUCAAUAAUACCGAGUGUAGUGGUUCUCCUUAGUCUUGUAUGCUGUAAUACUGUAGACGCUGACGCAACGUUUUACUCCGUUCCGCAGUCAAAUCGCGUUGUGAUUUAAUCUCGUCACAUAGCUGUCUAGCAGUGCGGCGUGCCUUCCAUACUCGCGAUCCCGUCGAACGAUUACUAGUAAUAUAAAAAAUAAUAUCAAUAGCGUUUUAGUGAUCAGACUCACGGAAAACCUCAAAUUUACUGGCGCACUCGCCCGUUUCCAAUCUUCUACUUGGCGGUAGUGUCAAUAGCCUUCCACGCUCGGCUAUCCGUCCCGUGCUCUACGUUACCAUCAUGACUGCUUUCAGUACCGCGUUCGCGGUCGCCGUCUGCAGUUUCGCGUUAUUCGGUUUGACUUUCGUGUCUUCUGACAGCGGUGGCAAUCCGUCUAAGAGUGUUCACCUCGGUAGCGGUAAAGGACCGAUCGAAGGUCAACAGACGCUCAAGUUCCUGUAUUGUUAUUCUUGCGGAUAUCAAAAAGCAUUUGAUCAAUAUUCAAGUAUUCUAAGUGAAAAAUACCCUCAUCUUAAUAUUGAAGGAGCAAAUUAUGACCCUUCUAUGGCACAUUUACUAGCAGCCAAAAUUUUGAGCCUAGCAAAAAUGGUGAUUAUAAUUGCCAUAGGAUCUGGAAUCAACUUAUUUGAAUAUAUUGGCAAACAGCAACCAAACUGGUGGAUCUGGUGUACAUCAAACAAAAUCUAUGCUUGUCUUGUGGUAUUUUUUGGUUCAAAUAUGUUUGAAGGGAUGCUUAUUUCAACUGGUGCAUUUGAGUUGUAUUUUAAUGAUAUUCCUGUUUGGUCAAAAUUAGAAACUGGAAGAAUUCCUCAACCUGCUGAAUUAUUACAAAUUAUUGAUAACUAUUUAUUGUUUGAAAACCCGUAUCCUGCCUAAGUAUUUGAAAACAUUUAUUUUCACAAAAAAUAAUUUCUUCUUUAAUCAAGUAAUGUUUUUUUUAUAAUAAGCCAAUGAUAUUUGUCGUUUUGUUUUAUUAAAUGCUUUAGUGAUUAUAUCGUUAGUAAACAAUAAAACAUAAUCAUAUUUUCCUUUCGCUCUUAAUGAAUCAAUCAAGGAUGGCAAACCAAGUUUCAAUACCUGUUUAUAAACACUAACAAUAUAAUUUACUCUUUUGGUUUCUAUCAGUAAAAAUAAAAUAUGAAUACAUUAUUGGUUCAUAUACGUUUCAAAUUACUACAUUUUAAACUCAAGUAACGUUAACAUAAAUAAAUGUACAUAUUUUUAAAGUAUAUUUUAAAUUAUACUGAAUAAUACAAAUGUUAUUUGGAAUUAUUGUUAUCAAUAAUUUUUUAUCGGUCUAUAAAUAAAAUCUUGAAUUUUAAUUUGUUAUACAAACCAUACUUGUUCAGACAUUUUUCAUAAUCGAUUAUGUUGCCAAAUUCCUCAUUCAUCUGUUUAAACAUUUUCUGUAAAAUACAAAUUAUAAUUGAUAGUCUUUGGUGAUUAGUUCACCAUCCCUGUAAUGUAAUAGAUUAUUGAUAGCUUUAAUAUAAUUAUACAUUCCAUUACAUAAUUUAAGUGGACGGUUUUGUACCUUUUGAACUGAUAAAAUACAUAUUAACAAAACGUAUCAUAAUAUGUAAAUGUUACAUUUUCUCAUUUUAUUUUAUUAUUAGAAUGAACAAAUAUGAACUGCUACACAUGGUUAUUAUUGUUUUAAAAUUUAGUGGUUAUGAGUAACAUGUUUAAUUUGAGUUAUUUGUUUCCUAACUUCCAUUUUUCAACCUUAAACCGCCAAUGCCUUGUUAAUUAAAAAUGAUUUCAAUGAUGACUUAACUGUUAAAAUCCGAAUUUUAAAGUAAACAUAAUCUUAUUUUUCUUUCAGAACAUAUUAAAAUUGUGUUUUUAAUGAAUGAGUGCAAUUAAAUAUUAAAUUAAAUUCAUUUUUAUAUUUUAUAAUAUACAACAAAACAUUAAACUGUAUUAAAAUCAGCUUUUAAAAACUUAACUGGGUUUGAAUUAAGUCAAUCAAGAUAAAACAUAAUUUAAUUUAAAUUAUAAAAUAUUUAACAUAAUGUAAACAAUUUGUUUAUUUUAAUGGAGUAAAAUUCUGUCAACAUUGUAUUAUCAGUCUUGUAUUUUAAAAGAGAAAAACUAUUGAUAUCAAACCCAAAAACGUAUGUUUUGAUAAACUAUUAAAAUGUAUUAACUAUAUCUAAUAGUGUUAAUUCCUAUUACAUAAGGAAUUACAUAUUGAAACAGUAAAACUAUAUUUUAAAUCUAUUUGAACAAAUCAUGAGAAGACCGAAAAAUUAACACUACUGGUCAACGUUUACUGUUUGUUAAUUUGUUUGCCAUUUAGUAACAAACAAUCUUUGUUUUUGUUACAUGUUGUAAUUUAUUUAAUCUCAAUAUUCUUAAAAUAAUUUUUAAGAUUUAUUUUUAGUUUUCAUGUGCAAAUAAUUGAAUAAAUAUAAAAAAAAAACCAAAGAA